GGCGCGGCCCGAAGGCGAGCGGGGCGGCGUUGCCGCCAUGGCGCCGCCCGUGGGGUACGCGCUGCUGUGCGGACAGGCCGCGCUCCUGCUCGGGAACCUGCUGCUGCUGCACGGCCGCGGCCUCCCGGGCAACGACACCGAGCCCCGGGAGCUGCCGCCGGGGCCGCCCGCCGCCGCCUGGGCUUACAGCGAUCCGCGGGCGCCGCUCGUUCUGUGCUCCUACCUCCCCGAUGAGUUCGUGGAGUGCGAUGAGCCGGUGGACCACGGCGGGAACGCCACGGCGCAGCAGGAGCUGGGGCACGGCUGCGUGAAGUUCGGCGGACAGGCCCACGGCGAGGUGGAUCACACGCGGGUGCAGUGCCGAGCGCUGGACGGCAUCGAGUGCGCCGAGCCGCGGAGCUUCCUGCGGGGCAGCCGGCCCUGCGUCAAGUACACGGGACACUACUUCAUCACCACUCUGCUCUACUCCUUCUUCCUGGGCUGCUUCGGCGUGGAUCGGUUCUGCCUGGGCCACACCGGCACGGCCGUGGGGAAGCUGCUGACCCUGGGGGGCCUGGGCAUCUGGUGGUUUGUGGAUCUGAUCCUGCUGAUCACCGGGGGGCUGAUGCCCAGCGAUGGCAGCAACUGGUGCACCGUGUACUGACAGGGGCAGCUGGCCCUGGGAGCCUCUGCUCGCUCCGAGCACCAGCCCAGGCUCUGCCCAGCACAACGUGGACUUUCAGAACCGUAACUCAGGGUGCACAGCAGUUACUCUUGCUUAAGGACUCUACCAACCUUGGACACAAAGUUGUUCAGGAUAUAUUUUGCUUGUUUAAAAUAAUCUGGCUUCCCACUGCAAAUAGUGAUAGCCUAAGAGCUUGCAAACACAGGGCAUCAAACAAACAUGAAUAAAAUCUGGAAGGUGACUCCAUGUACUUUGAGGAUUAGUAGAGUCUCAGCCACAGAUGAGAAUGAGGCCACAGGGUCAUGGUCUAGCCCUGAGCUCCCCAGCCAGCCCAUUAGACAAGUCCUGAGCCCUGGUUACCUUGGGGUCAUGGGCCACCUGACAUGUGGGAGCAGUCAGGGAGCUGGGAAAGGGCCAGAGGUGCCAAGAGGCAGUUCCUGUCUGUGUGCCAGGCACCCCUGUGUCUCCAGCCCCAGAACAGGGCACCUACAGCACCCAAAAGGUGCAAGAACCUCACACCCGAAAGAGGAAGCCCCACAGCUGCAGGUUAAAAACUUAACAAGCUGAAUAAAAUGGGAAAAGGAAGCUGCAACAAGUCCCCAGCAGAGCCAGACAAAAUAUCUGUAUAUGCAAAUAUCUGGUCACAUUUGAGAUAAAACAGCAAACACA